CUCAGAUUCUAAAGCAACCAAGCAACAAACUCUCAAAGGUUUUUCGAUUUUGUAAGAAAUUAACCAUGGGAGCAGGUGGUCGGAUGAACGAGACCGCAACAAAAAGAGAUGUCUUCAAACAUGUUCCAGUUGAGAAACCUCCAUUUGGGAUUGCUGAUCUGAAGAAGGCAAUACCACCACACUGUUUCAAGCGAUCUCUUUCAACCUCUUUUUACUAUCUUAUCCGUGAUUUGUGCGCAAUCUUUUCGUUAUACUAUAUCGCAAACAAUUACAUUUACCACCUCCCUCAACCCUUUUCCUUCAUAGCAUGGCCAGCUUACUGGAUCCUUCAAGGUAGUAUCAUGGUGGGAUUGUGGAAUAUUGUCCAUGAUUGUGGUCAUCACGGAUUUAGUGAUUAUCCGUGGCUUGAUGACACCAUCGGCCUCAUCUUCCACUCUCUUGUCCUCACUCCAUAUUUCUCUUUCAAAUACAGCCACCGUACUCACCAUGCCAACACUAGUUCACUCGAAAAGGACGAAAACUGGGUUCCAAAACUCAAAAACGAUACAUGGUUUGUUGAAGUUCUUAUGAACCCGGUUGGCAACUUGAUGAUGCUUGCAUUUAGGUUAGUGUUCGGGUACCCCGGGUACUUCAUGUUUAACCUUCAUGGCAGGAUAUACAAAGGUUUUCCAAGCCACUUUAACCCGCUCGGUCCUAUCUUCAACGACAGCGAGCGCGCUCAAAUUUGGCUCUCGGACGCUGGAGUUGUCGCUGUUCUCUAUGGACUUUACCGAAUUGGUAACAAAACCGGUUUCCAAUGGCUACUUUACAUGUAUGGGUAUCCCUUGGUGGUUAUGUGUAUGUUCUUCAUGUUGUUCACAUAUCUAAACCACAAUCAUCCUUCUGUGGCUCACUAUGACUCAAGAGAAUGGGAUUGGUUGAGAGGUGCUUUAGCGACAGUUGAUAGGGAUUAUGGGAUUUUGAACACUAUCUUCCAUGAUGAACCUAAUGCUCAUGUGGUUCACCAUUUGUUCUCCACAAUUCCGCAUUAUCAUAUAGUUGAGGCCACACAAGCCGUGAAACCUGUUUUGGGUGAAUACUACAACUAUGAUGAUACUCCUAUUAUAAAGGCGAUAGUUAGAGAGACUAAAAAUUGUCUCUUUAUUGAAGAGGAUCCUGAGAAGAAAGGUAUUUACUGGUUCAGUAAGUAGAUGUCACGAAUAUGUCGUAUAAAUGGAAAGUUUGAUGAGUGAACUAAAAUGGUUGUAUGUUAAAAGUCUUGCACUCUGGUUUUGGUUUUCUGUUUAUUUUUUUUUUCUUGCUUUUAUAAGAAUAAACAUUGUCUGGUUUCGUGAGAUAAAUGAAAGAAUAUAAUUAGUGUUGGUGUUGGUUCUGUUA